GCGGAGGAGCUGGAGGAUCUGGUGCACUUCUCCGUGUCCGAGUUGCCUAGUCGCGGCUACGGCGUCAUGGAGGAGAUCCGGCGGCAGGGCAAGCUGUGCGACGUGACGCUCAAGUUGAAGCUGAGGAUACUUAGCUGUUUGCAGAAUGGCAGGCCAGAGGAGACCGUGAUGGCUCCUGUGUUCCGGUGGACCUGACCAGCUGUGUUCAGGGCCGUGAAGAUUGGGGACCACAAAUUCAGUGCUCACCGGAUCGUCUUAGCAGCCUCCAUCCCGUAUUUCCACGCGAUGUUUACAAAUGACAUGAUGGAGUGCAAGCAGGAUGAGAUUGUAAUGCAAGGAAUGGACCCAAGCGCCUUGGAGGCUCUCAUCAACUUUGCCUACAAUGGCCACCUUGCCAUUGACCAGCAAAAUGUCCAGUCAUUGCUGAUGGGGGCGAGCUUUCUGCAGCUGCAGAGCAUCAAAGAUGCCUGCUGCACAUUCCUCCGAGAACGGCUUCACCCAAAAAAUUGCCUGGGUGUGCGCCAGUUUGCUGAGACAAUGAUGUGCGCUGUGCUGUAUGAUGCGGCCAACAGCUUCGUCCACCAGCACUUUGUGGAGGUGUCCAUGUCGGAGGAAUUCUUGGCCCUGCCCUUGGAGGAUGUGCUGGAGCUGGUGUCUCGGGAUGAGCUGAAUGUCAAAACUGAGGAGCAGGUCUUUGAAGCCGCAUUGGCGUGGGUCAGAUACGACCGGGAGCAGAGGGGCCCCUGCCUGCCUGAGCUGCUGUCCAAUAUCCGUCUGCCCCUCUGCCGGCCCCAGUUCCUGUCAGACCGAGUGCAGCAGGAUGACUUGGUGCGUUGCUGCCACAAAUGCAGGGACCUGGUAGAUGAAGCAAAGGACUAUCACCUCAUGCCAGAACGCCGGCCCCACCUGCCACCUUUCCGAACUCGCCCUCGCUGCUGCACGUCCAUUGCUGGGCUUAUCUAUGCUGUAGGAGGCCUCAACUCAGCAGCAAAUUUUUAUGCAGGUGAUUCCCUGAAUGUGGUGGAAGUGUUCGACCCCAUCGCCAAUAGCUGGGAGAAGUGCCAUCCCAUGACAACAGCCCGCAGCCGCGUUGGUGUGGCUGUAGUGAACGGGCUUCUCUAUGCCAUCGGGGGCUAUGACGGCCAGCUCCGGCUGAGCACUGUGGAGGUCUACAACCCAGAGACGGACACGUGGACCAGAGUGGGGAGCAUGAACAGCAAGAGAAGUGCCAUGGGGACGGUUGUGCUGGACGGGCAGAUCUACGUCUGUGGAGGCUAUGAUGGUAACUCUUCUCUCAACUCUGUGGAGACCUACUCACCUGAGACGGACAAGUGGACAGUGGUGACCCCGAUGAGCUCAAAUCGCAGUGCUGCUGGGGUCACAGUCUUUGAGGGCAGGAUAUAUGUGUCGGGCGGCCACGACGGUCUGCAGAUCUUCAACAGCGUGGAGCACUACAACCACCACACGGCCAGCUGGCACCCAGCAGCUGGCAUGCUCAACAAGCGCUGCCGGCACGGAGCCGCCUCUCUGGGGAGCAAGAUGUUUGUCUGUGGGGGCUACGAUGGCUCUGGCUUCCUCAGCAUCGCUGAAAUGUACAGCUCUGUAGCAGACCAGUGGUGCCUGAUUGUCCCCAUGCACACGCGCCGGAGUCGCGUCUCCCUAGUGGCCAGCUGUGGGCGCCUCUACGCUGUGGGGGGCUAUGAUGGACAGUCGAACCUCAGCUCGGUGGAGAUGUAUGACCCAGAGACGGACUGCUGGACUUUUAUGGCCCCCAUGGCGUGUCAUGAGGGAGGGGUUGGUGUGGGCUGUAUUCCUCUCCUCACCAUCUAAGGCGGAGGAUGGGAUGUGGUGGGGUAGGGAUCUGGUACAAACAUAGGCACUUCCUUCCAGGGACAGUCCCUCUUGGGAGAGGCAGUAGACCAAAAGACACAGUGAAAUGUGAGCUCGCCUGAGGUACAGUUUUUCCAGGUGCUUAAGUCCUCCCUCACUGUGCUGCCCUGUGACUUUCAGGUCUAGGUCAUCAAGAUGCACAGCAUGGGACAGAAGCCCCUCUGGGUCCCACAGCUGGUGACACACGACUGCUUUGCUGGUCCACACAUGCACAGGCUCCAUCCAAGCCCAGCUCCCAUCUGCCACAGCUCUGUGCCACACCUGGGCAGAAGGCCUUCCAUCUGACACUCCUCACCUGCUGUUCUCCAACUACGCAGUGGCCAAGCCUGUUGGAAGUGGGUGUGGCCGGGAGAGGACGGCACUCCCAGUGUUCUCACUGCCUGGACGAGGCGGCCUCCACGGGUGCUUGAUUGCACACGGGCACUCCUUCCAUCCUAGGAUGCAGAGGCUUUUGUCCUGUCUCUGGAUAAGGAGGGAGGACAGAAGCUUUUCUCGUUUCUCAUUUUGGGAUUUCAGUGAGGACUUUUUCAUCUUAUUCCGGAGAAACAGAAGAAAAAAAGAUACUUGAAAGAAACUGAAGGAAAUUUAAAGA